GGAAGUAGAAAUACUACAAUUAGAAAGAAAAAUAGCGGCUGGGGUAUUGCCGACUGAACGGGAAGAGAUAAUGAACGAAAUCAAAAAACUUAAUGACCAUAAUAUUACUUUGGAGCAAGGGUUUAAAAAGAGAAAAAUCGAUGUAGAAGUAAUAACCGAAAUACGGAAAAGGUUAGGAAAAAAACAAGAUCGAACGGGAGUAGGAACAAAAGCACUAUUUGGCUACCAAAUGAGAUUUAACUUGCAAGAAGGAUUUCCGCUACUUACUACUAAAAAAGUUAAUUUUAAAGCCAUUGUUCAUGAAUUGCUAUGGUUCAUCAAGGGUGAAACUAAUAUUAGAUAUAAAUCAUCUCUUGACUAUCAAGGAGAAACUUUGCCAGAAUUUAUGGAAAAGUUUAAGAAUGAUAAUAAUUUUGCUCAAAAACAUGGCGAAUUAGGACCUGUUUAUGGCAAGCAAUGGCGUGAUUUUAACGGAGUAGACCAGUUAAAAGAAUUAAUAGAGAAUUUAAAAGAAAAACCUUUUUCUCGACGCCAUAUUUUAACCGCUUGGAAUCCUCCCGAAAUUAAAAAAAUGCUCUUGCCACCCUGCCACCUACUAACUCAGUUUUUUGUUUCUAGUGAUAAAGAAUUAUCUUGCUUAUUAUAUCAACGAAGUGGUGAUAUGUUUUUAGGUGUUCCUUUCAAUAUCGCUAGUUAUAGCUUGCUAACUAUGAUGAUUGCCCAAACUUGUGGUUAUAAACCGGGAGAAUUUAUUCAUGUAAUUGGUGAUGCUCAUAUUUAUUUAAAUCAUUUAGAGCAAGCUCAAAUGCAAUUAUCCAGGGAACCCAGAAAAUUGCCAACCUUGAAACUUAAUUCAAAAAUAAAAUCACUUUUCGAUUUUCACUUCGAAGAUAUUAAUUUAGAAAAAUAUGACCCUCAUCCACCUAUUAAAGGGAAAGUAGCAGUGUAA